AUGGGAGAGAUUGGGUUUACAGAGAAGCAAGAAGCUUUAGUGAAGGAGUCCUGGGAGAUACUGAAACAAGACAUCCCUAAAUACAGUCUUCACUUCUUCUCACAGAUACUGGAGAUAGCACCAGCAGCAAAGGGAUUGUUCUCUUUCUUAAGAGACUCAGAGGAAGUCCCUCACAACAAUCCCAAACUCAAAGCUCAUGCUGUUAAAGUCUUCAAGAUGACAUGUGAAACAGCAAUACAACUGAGGGAGAAAGGAAAGGUGGUGGUGGCUGAUACAACCCUCCAAUACUUGGGCUCUAUUCAUCUCAAAAGUGGCGUUAUUGAUCCUCACUUUGAGGUGGUGAAAGAGGCUUUGGUAAGAACAUUGAAAGAAGGGUUAGGGGAGAAAUACAAUGAAGAAGUGGAAGGAGCUUGGUCUCAAGCCUAUGAUCACUUGGCUUUAGCCAUUAAAGCCGAGAUGAAACAACAAGACCCAUAA